AUAGUGACGUAACAUCCUCUUGGAAGUCGCUGGAAUUGUGGGUCGUAGAAUCGUGAAAACAGGGAACACAUGUACGCACGUAUUUUUUGUUGAUUUUUUUUAACAAAACAGAAGACGAAUAUGCCUUCCAAUAAAAACUUUAGAAGGAAGAGAGAUGAUUCUGACGACGAGGAGGACGAGGAGACAACAACAGAAGUCAGAUCUAAACUUGAUGAAGCAAAGGAAAUUCAGAGUCUUAGAAAAAGACAGAGUGGCGUGAGCAUUACAGCCUUACUGGUGGGUGAAAAAUUGCCACCUGAAUCGGAGAUCGAGGAUGAUCCCUUUAAAUUGAAGACAGGGGGAGUUGUGGAUAUGAAGAAAAUCAAAGACAGGAACAGAGACAUGACGGAAGACGAGACCGAUUUGAAUCUGGGAACGUCAUUCUCAGCAGAGACAAAUCGUCGUGAUGAAGAUGCUGACAUGAUGAAGUACAUUGAGACAGAACUUAAGAAGAAGAAGGGACUGGUAGAGGCAGAGGAGCAAAAGGUGAAGGCGAAGAACGCAGAGGAUCUUCUGUAUGAGUUGCCAGAGAAUAUCCGAGUCUCAUCCGCCAAGAAAACAGAAGAAAUGCUUUCCAACCAGAUGCUGAGUGGCAUUCCGGAAGUCGACCUUGGAAUUGAUGCCAAGAUAAAGAACAUCAUUAGCACCGAAGACGCCAAGGCCAAGCUCAUAGCGGAGCAACGCAACAAGAAGAAGGACAGCAGCACUUCCUUUGUACCUACAAACAUAGCAGUGAACUAUGUUCAACACAAUCGCUUCUACCAUGAAGAUGUGAAUGCACCAGCAAAAAGACACAGAGAGGAGCCCAAAGCUCGGCCACUUCGAGUGGGGGACACUGAGAAACCUGAACCAGAAAAAACGCCUCCUAAUCGCAAGAGACCAGCCAAUGAGAAGGCCACAGACGACUACCAUUAUGAGAAGUUUAAAAAGAUGAACAGGAGAUAUUGAACUGAUUUGUCUGAGGAUAUCUAUGACUGUCCAGGUCUUUUUCCAAUUUCCUAUAACAUUGUACUGCAUUAAAAUAUCUCUUUGUUAUUAUA